AUGGAGGGGUUAUUAAAUUGUCAAAAGGAUAUAUUUAAUAGAAUAUCAAAGGCUCAAAUAAACUUUAAAAAAUCUCCUAAAGAGCGAAUAACAGAGUCUUACGUAGAAACAAAACUUGAUAAUGUAGAACAGUUAUGGCUUGAGUUUAUUACUACACAUCAGCAAAUAAUUAAGGAAUAUAAAUGGGAAGAUAUACAGCGUAGUUUCUAUAUUAAAGAAGAUGUGUAUGAGAAAACUGAGGAAAUGUUUGUGGAUUAUAAAAGUUUACUUAAAAAAUAUUUAAAAUCAUUUAAUCAGAAUAAAGUAACAAGUGAUGAUAAAGGUUCCGGUUCUUCUAAGACCAAUAAUGGAUCCUCUUCUGCAGUCAAAUUACCCAAAAUUACUAUCCCAGCAUUUUCCGGACGAUAUAUAGAAUGGGCAACAUUCAGAGAUAUGUUUGUAUCGUUAAUUCAUUCCAAUGAGUCAUUAGAUGAUGUUCAAAAGUUACAUUAUUUAAAAGGACAUUUGACUGGAGAAGCGGAGCAGUUAAUAAGACAAGUUCCAGUAACAUCUGCAAAUUAUAAACAGUGCUGGGAACAGUUAGAGAAUAGAUACAAUAACAAACGAUAUUUAGCUAAUUGUAUUUUAAAGAGAUUAUUUAGCCAAAGGUCUUCAAAUAAUGAAUCGGCAUCCGCAUUAAAAGAUUUAUUAGAUACCACAACUGAUUGUAUGCACGCCUUAAAAAAUCUUGGAGUAGAUGUAAAUUCGUGGGACAUCAUUAUAAUACAUAUUGUUAAUUAUAAAUUAGACCAAGAGACACGCAAACAGUGGGAGCUGAAGAUAUCUGCUGAAAUUUCAAACGAUCUACCUACUUACAAUCAGUUUUCUGAGUUUCUACAAAGUAGAUUUAGAGCUCUAGAAUGUAUAGAACCGAGGCAGAAGUCUUCAAUUCCUAAUAGCGGAUCAUUUCCUAAAACAAAAACUUGUAUGCAUGUGACUACUAAUGUAGUUUGUGAAUUCUGUUCCGAACCACAUAAAUUAUGCUUUUGUACGAAGUUUGCAAAAUUAGACUACAGUAAUAUUUACGAAUUUGUGGCAAAAAAUCGUCUGUGUUUUAAUUGCCUGGGCGGCAACCACUCUGUCAAGUCUUGCCAGAGUACUGUUAGUUGUAAAGUUUGUAAAAGAAAGCAUCACUCCCUCUUGCAUCCAACUGGUAAAAAACGUCCUGAGAUCUCAAGUUCUGUCAAUACAUCAAGUAAUGUUGAAUUAGUAACUAACGACGAUAAAGUUGAAACGGCUUUAGGUGAAUCGUCAUCUAGUAAUGUAGUGUCAUGUUUUUCGACGGGUCAAAUGGCAGCUCAUAGCCAAGUGUUGCUAGCUACUGCACUUAUACAAGUUGAUGCUUAUAAUAAUGAGAGAAGAUUGAUAAGGGCAUUGCUUGACCAAGGAUCGCAAGCAUCCUUCGUUACAGAAUCAACUGUUCAGUAUUUGGGAGUUAAGAAGAUUCCAGUGAGAGGGACUAUAUCUGGUCUGGAUGGAAACAAGAAUGUAACUGUCAAAUACAUGGUUCAACUAAAGGUACGUUCACGUGUUAAACCUGAAAUAGUAAUUAAUGUGCAGGCGUAUGUAUUAAAAACAAUUACCACGUUACUACCAAGCAAAAAGGUAAUUGAAUUAGACUGGUUAGAUUUAAAUGGAAUUCAGCUAGCAGAUCCACAAUAUCAUACUCCUAACAAAAUACAUAUUUUGUUAGGAGCUGAAGUGUAUGGGCAAAUUAUUGAAGAUGGGUUAAAACGGGGACCUCGAGGCUUACUAGUAGCUCAAGCUACGUCACUGGGAUGGAUACUUUCUGGGACUGUCGAUGAGAUAUCUAACUCAGAUACUAAUAUUGUAGCCAUGCAUUUAUGUACAGAUGACAAUAAUCUCCUCAAGAAAUUUUGGGAGAUCGAGAAUGAUCCUCAUUCAUCAAAACGAAUUUUGACAGAAGAAGAAACUUUUUGUGAACAAAUAUAUAUGGAGACCACACAACGAGAUAGUACUGGAAGAUACAUCGUGAAGCUUCCUUUUAAGUAUGAAAAUCGUCACAUGGAGAAGAUACCUGAAACAGAAAAGAGUAAUCAAUUAAGUUUUUACUUACCUCAUCACGCGGUCGUUAACAACAACAAGGAUACGACAAAGGUUCGUGUCGUAUUUGAUGCUUCUGCAAAAAACGAAAAUGGCGUUUCAUUAAAUGACAUUUUAAUGAUAGGGCCAAGACUGCAGCCUGAAUUACGCCAUUUAAUCAUGCGAUGGAGAAAACCUAAAAUAGUCCUAGCUGCUGAUAUUAACAAAAUGUACCGUCAAGUCAAAGUGUAUGAUCAAGAUGCAGACUACCAACGUGUGCUUUGGUAUAAUAAUAAAAAUGGACAAAUACAAGAUUACAGAUUAAAAAGACUUACCUUUGGUACGGCGGCUGCUCCCUACUUAGCAGUGAAAACACUGCAACAAGCUGCAGUAGACGAAGGUAUAAACUAUCCAAAUGUAGCUGAAAGGGUAAAAACUGAUUUUUAUAUGGAUGAUCUUUUGACGGGGUGUGAUACAGUAGAAGAAGGUGCUAUUAUUUAUGAAGAAAUGAAUGAGCUAUUACGAAGAGGAGGGUUUGAAUUACAGAAGUGGAUGACUAAUAGUGAGGAGUUGUUAAAUAAAAUCAAGCAAGGAAAGGAAGAAACACAUGAAGGGUUCAAGCUAAAAUUAGAUGAAGUAGUUAAACUCUUAGGACUUACCUGGAAUCGAUCAGCAGAUGUCUUUCGGUACUCGGUAAAUCUUCCUCCGGAAUCUGGGCCUGUAACAAAAAGAAAGAUUAUUUCGGAAAUAGCAAAAAUAUUCGAUCCGCUAGGUUGGGCAGCUCCUAGCGUGAUCAUAGCAAAGGUAUUAAUUCAAAGGCUUUGGAUUUUAGGAGUAGGAUGGGAUGAUGAAAUUCCAAAUAAUAUAAUUAAUGAGUGGUGUACUUACCGCAAAGGCUUGUCUCAAUUGAAGAAAAUUGAUAUACCAAGAUGGUAUGGAUCUCAAUUCACAUCCUCACAAGUCGAAUUGCAUGGCUUCUCAGACGCGUCGAAGAUAGCGUAUGCAGCUGUAGUUUAUAUACGAUUAAUAGAUGAACAGGGUAAUAUCCACGUUUCUUUGGUUUCUGCUAAGACUAAAGUUGCACCAAUCAAACAAAUUUCAGUUCCUAGAUUAGAGUUAUGUGGUGCAGUGCUUCUGACUCGACUAUUAGUCGAAAUAGCAGAGAUUAUAGGUGUAUCGAAGACUGAUAUUAGAGCUUGGACAGACUCUACGGUAGUAUUAGCGUGGUUGAAUAGCCAUCCGAGCAAAUGGCAAACUUUUGUUGCUAACAGGGUAUCCGAAAUUUUGUCAACUUUAGAUUCUCAACAAUGGGCACAUGUAACUUCAAGUCAAAAUCCUGCCGAUUGUGCGUCACGAGGAGUUAGUCCAUUGGAUUUAUGGCAAAAUACGAGAUGGUUCAAUGGACCGGAGUUUUUAUAUAAACACGAAGUGCAAUACGAAAGGCCGAAGAGCAUUGUUACACAUUUAGAAGAAUGUAAAGUUCACGUAAGUGUCACGGAAACUACAAUUUGGGAUCGGUAUAAUUCUUUAACAAAAUUAAUUCGAGAGGUCGCGUAUUGUAAACGUUUUCUGAACCGGCGGAACAAUCAGGAGAGAUCAAACACUGCUUUUCUUUCAACUAAGGAAUUAUCUGGUGCUUUAGAAACAUGUAUCAAGGUUUGUCAAAUGCAAAGUUUCAGUGAAGAGAUAGCGCAUAUUAAUAGAAAUAAAGAGUACAGUACAAUUAAAGGCCCACUGAAGUCCUUGAAUCCUUAUAUUGACAAUCUUGGAAUUUUACGUGUUGGAGGACGACUCGAACAAUCCCAACUCAAUGUAGACGCCAAACAUCCAAUAUUAUUGCCAAAAAGGUCAUCCUUGACGCAUCUUAUUAUUGCUGAUGCCCAUAUGAGAACGUUACACGGAGGUCCGCAACUUAUGUUAGCCUUUAUCGGAACUAAAUAUUAUAUUUUGAGCGCGAAAUCAUUAGUUAAGGCGUAUGUUCGCAAGUGUGUCAAAUGUAUGCGCUACUCUGCCGGUACUUCUACCCAGUUGAUGGGACAACUACCCACAGCAAGAGUGUCGCCAGGAAGACCUUUUCAGUGCAGUGGCAUUGAUUAUGCAGGACCUAUAAAUAUUAGAACUACAAAAGGUCGCGGACAUCAUUCUAUGAAGGGGUAUAUUUGCCUUUUUGUAUGUAUGACCACAAAAGCCGUUCAUCUUGAGGUAGUUAGUGACCUUACCACACAAGGAUUCUUAGCUGCUUUCAGACGAUUCGUUGCUCGCAGAGGUUUAUGUACAGACGUGUGGAGUGACAAUGGGACUAAUUUUGUCGGUGCCGCCCGCGAAUUACGAACAUUGUUUGCUGCAGAAAAUAAAAACAUUGCAAACGAGGUCGCUGAAAUUUUAGCCACGCAAGGAACAACGUGGCAUUUUAUCCCACCGCACUCACCUAAUUUCGGAGGGAUCUGGGAAGCCGGGAUAAAAUCCACUAAAUUCCAUCUAAAGCGAUUAGUUGGCAAUUUGACUUUGACAUACGAGGAGUUAUCUACAACUUUGGCUCAAAUAGAAGCGUGCUUAAAUUCACGUCCUUUGACCAGAAUAGAUUCAGAUCAAGAUACAAUUGAUGUUUUGACGCCGGGGCAUUUUCUUGUUGGUGGUCCAUUGCUAACCGUUCCAGAUCACAAUUUUGAAAAGUCCAAUAUUUCUAGUCUUCAAAGGUGGCAGUUGAUACAGAAGGUGACACAAACUUUUUGGAAACGGUGGUCUCAAGAAUACCUUACAAGGUUUCUUCAUCGGUAUAGGUGGUCAUAUCAAAGGCCAGAACCUGAAAUUGGGGACAUAGUUUUAAUAAAAGAAGACGACUUACCUCCUUGUCGAUGGCUACUCGGACGAGUAAUUGCCAAACAUCCGGGUAAAGAUAACAUCACGCGAGUAGUGACUAUACGAAAUCAGAAUUCAAUAUUCAAACGCCCCACAUCCAAAUUAUGUGUGUUACCAGUUACUGAAUAA